CCACCGAUGAGGAGAAGGAGCGGAUCUUCUCAUGUAGGGUCCGACAUGUAUCUCUACCAGAUCCUCUCCAGAAAGACUUCCAGCUGACAUAUAGAGUUCUAUAUUUUAACAGAUAAAAAUGUGACGUCGCAGAAUAAUAUCCUUCUUAUCUCAAUAAUCGCGGCAGUUCUGAUUCUGAUUAUUGCAGUUGUCGUAUUCAUAUGCAAAAAAAGAAGUGAGAACGCCUCAUCCACAGAGCGGUGAUGAUCCUCUAACCAGUCCAAAUAUAUCUACCUCGGGUAGUGACAGAAGCACGGGCUCGCCACCGGUGACAGGAACUCUGCCUGACCUCCAGAUUGGAGAAAUAACGGUACCAGAGCUGAUACUGAAUAAGAGAGCCACGAUGGAGUGUGCACUACAUAAUUAUGUUAAUGGAAAACACAACACAACAUGGUAUGAAAAGCAGCACGAAACUGAGGAACCAAUACCUGCAAAUGAUCAACGAAGGGUCCAAACCAUAGGCCAAGAAGAAUCAGAGUAUGGCCUCACCCGUAAAGCCUAUCUAAUUCUCACCCCAGUAAAUCGUUUAGAUGUUGGAACAGAAUAUAUCUUCAGAGUGAAGCCUUCAAGGUCUGGGGAGAUGAUUGAGAGGAGAACAGGGAAACUAUCCGUGACCGUGACUGAACAAAGACCAUUACCCAAUUAUAAAAGUCCAGAAAAAGUCACUUCACCAAAGUUACCAGAAGCAUAUGACCAGAGACAGACCCCACAUAAAGAGACCGUAGAAGAGAGACAUAUACAGGAGCCGAGGUGGGAGGGCAGAGAAGGCUUGUGUCCAGUCAAUGAAUCAAUUCAUGAAGAAGAGAAGCAGGAAAUGCCGGCACCAGAUCAUAACGUGGAAAAAGAAAGUGAUGAAUUGGGGGAAUACGAUAACAGUGAAGGUACAAGGACAAAUGGAAAUAUCAGAGCAGUGUGUCCAGCUAAUGAAGCACCUGGAGAAGAAAGGACUGAAGGCCAUUCACUACCCACCAAUAAACUAUCUCAUGGAAAGAAGACUGGUGACUUAGAGGAACGUUCUACCGGUAAAGACGAAGAAGAACUGGACCAGAAGAAAGAGAAGGAAGAAACAUCACAUCUCCUCAAUAAACCAAUUGAUGAGGAAGAAUCAUCAUUAUCGGAGCAGGAGGAGGACAACGAAGAGACUUCACUAAUGAACACCAAACUUGACACUGGAUUAGAUAAGAGUUCCUCUUAAAAAAAAGAGUAAAAAUGAAUAGUGAUGGCGUCUACAUAGACAAUCGGUUGAAGAUGAGACUAAGCUGCUAAACAAUACAAAAUCUGAUUAACCCCUUCAUUACUGAUAGGUUUUUAGUAUCAUUGCCA